AGACACCGGCUUUAUCUCAUCUGUUGCCCUUGACUAAGGAGGCUGCUGCUCGCCGCGUUUCCCAAGGCACUUCACAGGCCGAUUUAAACGUCGUGCUCUGGGGCUUUCUACACAGUUUCAGCAGAUUUCUGCCCGCUGUUAGCCUCUGUGCGUUUGUGAGGGGGAAAGCAAGGCCGGGCAGGUGCGGUCGAUGUCAUCCCAGCUGGCCCGCGGGGGUGCAGGCAGUUUCCCGGGGCUCCAACCCUCUCGCAAGGCCAGCCCCCGCGACUGGCGGAGGCCCCGGGCGAGGCUGGUGGUCUCGGGCGGGAAUCCAGCCCUCCGGCUCCUCCCGCAGGGGUCCCUAUGGACGCGAGGGGCAGGGGCGGGUUUUCUCUCCUGCCUGGAGCGGGCGCCCCGGCCCUCCGGAGCCGCCCGGAUGUCCUCCCGCCGCCGGGGGCGCUGUGGGCCGCAGCGGGCCUGCUUGCAGAUGCGGUGGUGGCCGCCCGGCGCCUGGAGGGAGCUGCUGGCCGGGCCCUGGGAGCCCCUGCCCGAGACCGCGACGCCGCCAUGGCUACAAAAGACCCCACAGCUGUCGAGCGAGCAAACUUGCUAAACAUGGCUAAACUGAGUAUCAAAGGGCUCAUUGAAUCGGCUCUGAGCUUUGGCCGCACCCUGGAUUCUGACUACCCUCCCUUGCAGCAGUUCUUUGUCGUUAUGGAGCAUUGUCUGAAACAUGGUCUUAAAGUAAGAAAAUCAUUUUUGAGUUACAACAAAACCAUCUGGGGCCCUUUGGAGCUGGUGGAGAAGCUGCAUCCAGAAGCAGAGGAAAUAGGAGCCAGUGUCCGGGACUUACCUGGUCUUAAGACCCCCCUGGGUCGUGCAAGAGCAUGGCUUCGGUUAGCCCUCAUGCAAAAAAAGAUGGCCGAUUACCUGCGCUGCUUAAUUAUUCAGAGGGAUCUCUUUAGCGAGUUCUAUGAGUAUCACGCACUGAUGAUGGAAGAGGAAGGAGCAGUGAUUGUGGGGCUGCUGGUUGGCCUGAACGUGAUCGACGCGAACCUGUGUGUGAAGGGAGAGGAUUUAGACUCACAGGUUGGAGUGAUUGACUUUUCCAUGUACUUAAAGAAUGAAGAAGAUAUUGGAAAUAAAGAAAGGAAUGUUCAAAUUGCUGCCAUAUUAGAUCAAAAGAAUUACGUUGAAGAAUUAAAUAGGCAACUGAACAGCACAGUCAGCAGCCUUCAUUCCAGAGUGGAUUCAUUAGAAAAGUCAAAUACCAAGCUGAUUGAAGAGUUGGCUAUCGCGAAAAAUAAUAUCAUUAAACUGCAAGAAGAAAAUCAUCAGUUACGAAGUGAAAAUAAAUUGAUUUUAAUGAAAACACAGCAGCACCUAGAGGUCACAAAAGUGGAUGUGGAAACUGAGGUGCAGACGUACAAGCAUUCUCGGCAGGGGCUGGAUGAGAUGUACAGUGAGGCCAGGAGACAGCUUCGAGAUGAGUCUCAGCUAAGACAGGAUGUGGAGAAUGAGCUAGCUGUACAAGUAAGCAUGAAACAUGAGAUUGAACUUGCCAUGAAGUUGUUGGAGAAAGAUAUCCACGAGAAACAAGAUACUUUGAUAGGCCUUCGACAACAACUAGAGGAAGUUAAAGCAAUUAACAUAGAGAUGUAUCAAAAGUUGCAGGGUUCUGAAGAUGGCUUAAAAGAAAAAAAUGAAAUAAUUGCCCGACUAGAGGAAAAAACCAGUAAAAUUACUGCAGCCAUGAGGCAGCUGGAACAAAGUGACAAUGAUUUGUUAACUCAAACUAGGACAAUUGCAAUGUCAUUGGUGAAAUGUGCCAGCACUGACACUCAGGACCAGUACAAGCUGGUCAAGGAUAUCUCUUUCUGAAAACUACUCAUUUACCCAGACUAAAAGAGAAUCAACAGUUUUGUAAUAUAUUAAAUAGAAAAGAAUGUAUGCUAUUAAGUAAAAGGGUGUUAGGAACCCUGUCCGUUUCUUGGUUGGCUGCUGUGGUACCUUGCCAUACAGCAGAGCGGGUACACUUGGAUUUCUAGAAAUGCUCCCCUCAAACCUCAUGUACGAGGGCCGGUUCGAGUAUUGGCCCUUUGGAGGUCAGGAUUUACAAAUGCAGUUUUAUCUUUUUUAGCAACUUUUUGAUGGAAAACGUACAAAUUGUUUAAAAACAAGUUAACCUUUAGUUUCACAAUGUGUUGGCACUGAUUUUGUUCUCCACUGGCCCACUGUUGGCUUGACGACCCCUUUCCUGGCUGUCAUGUAGUUGACCGCCCACGAUGGCCGCCGCCCCCUGCUUCACCGUCACAGUCUUCCAGUCCCCACAGUUCUCACUGGUGAUAGCACAACUUCGAGGCCUACCUCACUCUGACAUUCUCUUACUCUCUCUAACCUGAAAGAAGAGCACCUCCACCACCCUGACAUUUAAAUUUAAAUUUUGAUUAGAGAUAACGUAAAUGUUACUCUCCAUUCUUUGGAAGCAGCAUUUCUGUUUCUGAAAUGUGUGGGGGUUACCCUAUGGGGUAUGGUUUUCAGGCAAAAAGAUAGUGACAGGUUUUUUAAUAGUUAAUUGAACAGAAAUUUGUGAUUUGCAAUAAGGAGUUAACGUUCCUCGAAUCUUUGGAGAUAUUUUCUUAUAAAAAUACUAAAAUUAAACUGAGAAAUCCUAGGUGGCCAAAGGAGGCAGGAAGUAGAACUAGGCAGAGGGAGAAGCAAUGAGUCACGAAUAAAAAUAGAAAAAAAUCAAAAUUACAUCUUAGCUGAUUUUUAAUAUUCAAUUGGAGGAACAAAAAUGAUCUCUAGACAAUGAUGCCAACUAGCACUAAAUCUGUUUUGUCUCUUUAAAAAAAAGCCCAUCUAUGUCCACACCCAUAGACGUCACACGGCUUUGGCAUAAUUGAGUGAAUGCAUAGAGAUCCCAUAGGAGAGACUCGGCUGUCAUUUGGAGUAGUGCAGGUCUUUGCUCUCGGCCUUGCAGCACACGUGAUUCCUGGCGUACACAUCUGAGCGUAGCGCGACAGUGUGGCUUCUUUACCUAGUGUAGGCAUAGUUCUAUGAUUUUCAUGGUUUUGUAUAAAGGCAGUAACAUACCUGUUAGACUUUGAAAUUUGAUUCAUUACGCUCUACCUAAGUGGUAAAGGCUGUAUUGCUUUGCAUUGUUAAUUAUGAAAGAUAAAUAAAACAAAUUUGAAGAUCGUA